UGCUUUCGCAUUCGCGCAUUCCUUGCCUCCCAUAUACCUUUACGCGGUCAUUCUACGGUGGCUAUGGCUUCGUCAAGCAGCACUCUGUCGCAGCACCUGCGGGAGACCAAGGCAGCAUACCUAGAUGCAGUGAAAGCCGGAAACGGACGUGACUGGACAGUGGUCAUGGGCAACGAGGCCGGCGAUCUCGACUCGAUUGCGAGCGCGAUCGCCUACGCGUGGUACGCCGCGAAGGUACAAGGCACGCCCGCGGUGCCGCUUACACAGACGCCCCGCGGGGACCUCCAUCUGCGCGCGGAGAACGAGCACGCGCUCGCGCUCGCGCGCCUCGAAGCGGACGCGGACAUCCUUUGCGUGGACGACGUGCCCACGGCACACCCCUUCCCGUCUGUGCGCUUCGCGCUCGUCGACCACAAUCGCCUGCAGACGCGGUUCACGCGGGAGAACCCGGACGCGCGCGUCGUCGCGGUCGUCGACCACCACGAGGACGAGGGCCUGUACACGGACACGGCGGACCCGCGCAUCAUCGUCGUGCCGACUGGGAGUUGCGCGUCGCUCGUUACGCGGCUCUUCGAGGACCAUCCGGAGCAGAUGGUGCCCGAGCUCGCGACGCUCCUUCUGUGCAGCGUCCUCAUCGACACCAGUGGGCUGAAGCCUGGCGGAAAGGCGGAGGAUGCGGAUCGUUGGGCUGCAUCGUUCUUGCUUCCCUUGGCGUCAGUUUCCCAUAACAACACUGUCGAGGCGGCUGGGUUCACCGCCGGAGCCCCGGACGGGAUGCCACACAUCCAGGAGCUGCACACGUCGUUGCAAGAGAAGAAAGCGUCUGUUGCGCACCUAAACUCGCUCGAUCUGCUACGGAGGGACUACAAGGAGUACGCCCUCAUCCCCGCUCUGGCGCCCUCCAAGGAAGUGCUCGUCGGCCUCUCGACCGUCCCGAUCGGCUUCAAGUCGUGGCUCCCGCGCCAUGCGGAUUUCUGGUCGCAAACAGAGCAAUACAUGGCCGACCGAGAGCUCACCGUCUUGGGCAUCCUUACGUCGUUCCGCGACGAGGAGAAGGCGGGGAAGAGCGGGCGGGGGAAGCACCGCCGGGAACAGAUGUACGUCGUGCGCGACGACAAGGACCUCGCGGACGUGUUGUUCGACGGGCUGGAGGAGUGCGAGGAGCUGCAGCUGGAGAGGAAGAAGUUCCCCGAUUUCGGCGUGCACAAGGGUUUCAAUUCAGGCUUCCGCGCACGGGUGUGGAAGCAGAAGAACGUGGACGCGACGAGGAAGGCCACGGCACCCAUCGUCAAGAGUAUCAUAGAAGGUCGCUCCAAGGCUGCCAGUCUAUAGCGAUCGGCCACGGGUCUUCGCGGUGUCGUUUGCUCCUAACGUAGAAUGGGCUUGUGUACUAGAGUUGUUGUACUCAUCGCUCGACCGCUUGUAAAACUACGUCUCGAAUUGUGUGUAGGCACGGAUGACCAUAAAUAUACUCGAGGUCCCGAGGCUACUGGCCGAUGCGGCUAGUAGGCCGGAACUAGCACGCCG